AUGCGUGAUUCAGAGUGCCAGGGAAGGAUAAGGGAGAUAUUAAAAGAGUAUACAUCGAAAGAAGUAACGCCCGGGCUGCUCUUGACACUGCGAAAACUGGCGCAAAGAACAAAUACUAGUUUAGAGCAAUUCAUUGCCGGUUGUCAAGCAUUGACAAAGUUCAGCAGUAGCGAUGUGGUUCUCUUUAACGAGCUCAGGGAGUUGCUCAGAGAUAAUUCCGAGCAAAAUCUGGCAGACUCGAAGAAAGCUGUACCUUCUAUCAACAAGAGAAAGAAGUUUAAUAUUCAAUUGGAUUUCGACGAUAAUGAAGAUGAACUGGCUCCUCCUGUUCAGAAGAAACCCACGAAUCCAAGCACAAUGUUCAAGAGGAUUGAUAAAUCCAGAGCGAAACAAUUAAAGCAAUACUCUCCCGCCGCAAAGGACCUUCUUUUAACUGACAAAUUCGAAAUGCAGACGCAACAAGAUCAUAUCGGAGUAGUGGAACACGAACCGUCUCGAAGUGAACUGGUAGAGGAGGACAGAGAAUGGUACGAUAGUAAUGAAGAAUAUGGGAGUUUGGUGUUGGAAUCCCUAUCCCGGCCACUUGAAGAAGGUAAAGAAAUACCUUCCGUCAUCAAGAGCCGUGAUAAUGAAGAUGCCUUACGAAACAGCGUUCAACUAUACCCGAUCCCACUAAAACAAAGGAUGGAAUGGAUUCCUCCCUUCUUAUCAAAGUUUGCAUCUCAAAACAAAGUAUCCAAUUCCAUAAUUAUUGGUUCUAUUUCCGAAACCUCUAACCAAUCAGCUUCAGUAACAAUGGUGAACCCAUUCAGGAAUCCUGAAAGUGAAUUUUCUCUGAAUGCCAGAAGAGGCAGUAAAUUGGUAGCCCUAAGGAGGAUAAACAUGGAACAUGUCCAACAAUCACGAGACAAUACUGAUGUCUUGAACACUGCCAUGGGAGAAGUGCUAGGCUUGGAAAAUAACACUAAUGCAAAAGACAAGAGCCGCUUUCAAGAAAACAGCAAUGAUGAUUCAGCGGUGUACACUCCAUCAAGGGAAGAAAUUAAACGCACGAGAGAAGAAUUACCUGUAUUCCGCUGCAGGUCUCAGCUGUUGUCACUCAUCAGAGAAAAUCAAGUAGUGGUAAUAAUUGGUGAAACCGGUUCAGGUAAAACCACUCAGUUAGCUCAAUAUCUUCAUGAAGAUGGGUAUUCGGACAGCAGAGGAAAAUCUAUCGUCGUCACCCAACCAAGAAGAGUGGCUGCAAUGUCCGUCGCUAAAAGAGUCGCAAUGGAAAUGCAAGUCUCAUUGGGUAAAGAAGUCGGUUACUCUAUUAGGUUCGAAGAUAUGACCGAUCCUGAAUAUACAAAGCUUAAGUUUGUCACAGACGGUAUUUUGCUUAGGGAAACUUUAAUGGAUGACAUGCUAGAUAAGUAUAGCUGCAUCAUUAUUGAUGAAGCUCACGAAAGAUCAUUGAAUACAGACAUCCUACUUGGGUUCUUCAAAGUUUUAUUGGCACGAAGAAGAGAUUUGAAACUCAUAAUUACUUCAGCCACAAUGAAUGCUAAGAAAUUCUCAACAUUCUUUGGAAACGCUCCCCAAUUCACUAUUCCGGGAAGAACUUUCCCUGUACAAACAAUAUAUACUUCCAACCCGGUUCAAGAUUAUGUGGAAGCUGCGGUUUCUCAGGCGGUGAAAAUACAUUUGGCCAAUGAUUGUUCAAGUGGUGAUAUUCUAAUCUUCAUGACAGGUCAAGAAGAUAUUGAAACGACCUAUGAUACUUUAAGGGAAAAGUUCCUACAGGUAUACUCUAAAAAAUUUGGUACAGCAAAAAUUGAAGAAAUCAAGGAUAUCGAAAUCCUACCAAUUUACUCAGCAUUACCUGCAGAUUUGCAGUUCAAAAUUUUCCAGGAUUUGCAUGGCACUAAAAGAAAGAUUAUCAUUGCAACUAAUAUUGCUGAGACUUCGUUAACCAUUAAAGGCAUCAGGUAUGUCAUUGACUGUGGGUAUUCUAAGUUAAAAGUUUACAACCCAAAGAUUGGUCUUGAUAGCUUGGCAAUAACGCCUGUCUCAAAGGCCAACGCAGAUCAAAGAUCUGGGAGAGCUGGUAGAACCGGACCGGGCAUGGCGUAUCGAUUGUACACUGAAGAUACUUUCCAAGAGGAUAUGUACAUACAGACAAUACCCGAGAUUCAAAGAACGAAUUUAUCGAAUACACUUUUACUAUUGAAAUCUUUGAAUGUCACUGAUGAAUUAAGUAAGUUCCCGUUCAUUGACAAACCACCUUUACAAACAUUUUUGUCUUCAUUGUAUGAACUGUGGUUCAUCGGGGCCAUGGACAACAAGGGUCAAUUAACGUCCUUAGGGCUGAAAAUGGCAAAACUCCCCUUGCAACCUUCCCUUUCCAAAAUCUUAUUGAUUGCAGUACAAAACGGUUGUAGUGAUGAAAUGCUAACCAUUGUAUCCAUGCUUUCUGUUCCACAAGUUUUUUAUAGACCUAAGGAAAGGCAAAAGGAAGCAGACGUUGCAAGAAAUAAAUUUUUCAUCGCCAAGUCAGACCAUUUAACACUGCUAAAUGUAUUUGUUCAGUGGAGAGCAAAUAAAUUUAGUCCACAUUGGUGUAAUAAACAUUUUGUUCAAUACAAAUCACUUGUCAGAGCACGGGACAUCCGAGACCAACUAUUAAGAAUCCUGGUAUCUCAAAACAUUCCCGUAGUCUCUUCUGGUAAAGAUURRGAUAUCAUUAAAAAAUGUAUCUGUUCAGGAUUUGCUCAUCAGGCAGCUAAAAUAUCAGGGUUGAGAAACUAUGUUCAUUUGAAGACUGGCGUUGGUGUUCAACUGCAUCCCACUAGCGCAUUGCAUGGAUUGGGUGAUUUGCCACCCUACGUUAUAUAUCACGAACUAUUAAUGACCAGUAAAGAAUACAUUUGUUGUGUUACAUCCGUAGAUCCAUUCUGGUUAAUGGAAUACGGCGGGUUGCUCUACGACAUUAAGCGCGUAAAGGACAAUCAAGAAUCUGAAACCAAAGGUUUAUUUGGUGAACACUAUGGAGAUGUUGUUGACGUGGCUGAAGAUGAAAUAGAUGUGAAUAUCAAAAAAUAUAGAGCUCUAAGGGAUGGCGUGGUACAAAAUCUAAUAAAGUCAAACAACACAAAUGAAGGAAAGAGUGAGCAGAUACUCCAAAAGGAAAAUAUUACAAUCAAUAAAAGAGAGCCAACGAAGCCUUUCAAGAGAAGAAGGACAUUUUUUUAA